AUGGCUCUUUAUUUGCGAUACAUAAAUAAAAGAGGAGAGGUGACUGAGCGCUUUCUUGGUAUUAUCCAUGUUGCUGAUACCAAAUCUCUGACACUAAAAGCUGCUAUAGAAUCUUUACUUAUGGAGAAUUAUCUCACUUUUUCUAAAGUUCGUGGUCAAGGUUAUGAUGGUGCCAGCAAUAUGCAAGGUGAAAUUAACGACCUUAAAACUUUAAUUAAAAGUGAAUCUGAAUCUGCAUAUUUUGUUCAUUGUUUUGUCCAUCAACUCCAAUUGACUCUUGUUGCCGUAGCUAAGAAAAAUGCUGAUUGUGGGUGGCUAUUUGUUGAUGUGCUUGCACCAUUAUUGAAUUUUGUGGGUGGUUCACCUAAGAGAAUAGAAUUUCUUCGACAAAAACAGGCUGAACAUGUUGCGGAGGCACUAACUUUGGGUGAACUUGAAUCGGAAACUGGUUUAAAUCAGGAGCGUAGCUUGAGUAGACCCGGCGAUACUAUUUGGGACUCUCACUUUAGAACCAUUUUGAAUGUGCUUAAUUUGUAUCCCACGGUUCUUGAGUCACUUGAUGACAUUAGAGCUAUUCUGAUCGUGUUAAUAGGAAUAAAGCUGAGUCACUUACUCACUUAUUGA